GGGCGAGCGCGGGCGGGGGGCGGGGCGAGGCCGCCCGCUUCGGUCGCCCGUGGAGACGAGCUGCGGGCGGAGGACGGGAGCGGCGGGCGGAUCGCUACACCGAUAACAUCAAAGCAGGCUGGACGGGUAGCAAGACUGCCUAUGUAGACUAAAGAAUUUGCUGAAGGUCACGUAACCUGAGGCCAAGCUGGAUCUUGUGACUCUCAGGCUGGUGCUUUAACCACGGACCGCUCCUGCUUUACACGAUAGCAUCGGCGAAAAUGUCUGGCAAAACGGCAAGCACAACCAACAACAUAGCCCAGGCCCGAAGGACUGUCCAGCAGUUAAGAACAGAAGCCUCAAUAGAAAGAAUAAAGGUGUCAAAAGCGUCAGCAGACCUAAUGCUCUACUGUGAAGAACAUGCCAAGAAAGAUCCAUUGCUAAUGGGCAUACCUGCUUCUGAGAACCCUUUCAAGGACAAGAAGACCUGCAUUUUGUUAUAGGAGAGCAGCAGCUCCUCCAAAGCCCUCUUGGGUAAAGCCAGCCUCUGGCAGGCAUAUAGGCAAAUACUCUGUAAGGUACCAGCUAUUAACUGUGUAAGAGCAGCCAUUCUUCUACCAAGUGUAUAAACUAUUUCUUAAGCUUUCUAAAGCAUUUCUUCUGUUCCCUAUCUUUAUUUUCACUUUAUUCAAACUGAAUUAACUUCUUUCUUGUCCAAGGGAAUGGGGUCUUGGGUGUCGAGCCUGCGAGUGCUGCACUGGUGCCCCUGCAGUGGGACGGGCAGGGCAAGCUGGGGUCUUGUCCUCUGCAGGAGUGGGUCCCCGUUUCACUUUUCAAGUUACACAAACAAGACCAAAGUCACCUGAGCUUCGCUGACAGAGCAGAGGCAAAGGUGUAGAAACCUGAUGAACAUCAUUGGUUUUACAUUUUUUAAAUUAUGUAUGCGGGGAGGGGGGCGUGUACCUGUGUUGGUAGUGUGUGUUUAUUCACAGACACAUUUAGAAGUGCAUUAUCUAGAAAAAGUUACCUUGAAAAAUUAUUGUAGCAACUGCUGGUGAAUUCCAGGGAGCCAUGCCUGCAUCCUGCCUUAUGAUGGCUUAUGUUGAGAGAGGUUUUUUUUAAGUGUAAAAAGCUGAAGUCUCAAGAAUAGGAGAUCUGCAGAUCUAUUUUCCUGCUUUUUAAGAGGAGUUGAAAAAGCAGAAUUUUCAGCUUUGAUUCUGCUUCUCUGAACUAUCUUCUCUAACUAAAAAUCUGUGUUAGUAUUAAAAAAAAAAAAAGUCAAAAGAACCAAAGGCUGCAAGCUAGUACUGCCCUGGCUUUGUGCUGAGCUGGGGGCAUGGUUCUGUCACUGAAAUACAACUGGGACUUUUGUGCAGGGAGUCAGAAUUUUACUCUUUUAAAUUCAUUUUUAAAGGGGAAAAAUGCCAAAUUAUAUCCAGAUUGUGGUUAUGCAGAUAUAAUUGGAGGGCUUUUCCAUCAAGUGAUUUUUAUAUAUACACAUAAUUAAAAAGUCUGUCUCUGCGUGUGUGUGUCUGUAUGUGUGUGUGUGUGUAUAUAUAUAUAAACUUUAAUAGUAUAUUUAUACAAACGUUGCAUAUUAACAGAAAUUUUAAGGGAUUGAAAAUAAUACUGACUUCAGCUGGCUACAAAUGUCUUUUUCUGUAGCCGGUGGUUCAGAGGUUGAAGUUGCAAUUUGCCAUAAAUGUGCAUUUCUGUAAUGAUAUUUACAAACUUUAUUAACCACUUGUAAUUUACUGUCUUACAUUGCAUAUUUGUCAUUUCUGUAUUAAAUUAUAUACACGCUAUUGA